AUGGAUCUAGAGGAACAAAUUCAUGAAAGCAAUGGCGACGGCGUCACACCUGUGACUCUACCGUUGGACAACCCGGGUGAGACUGAAAGGCGAGAUGUUGCGCAUGAGGCAUCGAGCUUCACACAGCCAAGACGAGUAGACACUGAACAACGCAUCGAUGGCCUUGAUCAGGCUACGAGCCCUGCAACACAGCAGAACAACAUGGGAGACGAACGCCAAGUCCUACGGGGCUCGGCCAGGACUACUGCAAUCUCACCGGUCGAGGUCCAAGACAUCAAGUAG